AUGCACAACUCGAUGUUUCCUGCAGCAUACACCCAAUACCAAGACAUGCAAAUCCCAUCGUGGAAUGAGUUUGAUUGCGACGACGUCGACGGAGAGAACAUGAUUUCCCAGGAGAACACCAAUGCUCUGAACUUUGAGCACCAGCUAAUAAACGAACUGGACAAACAUGUGUCGAACAUCUCGCACUACUCGGGCUUGAAUUCCAAUGCCAGCCCUGAAACUUCUGCUUCUGCUUCUGCUCCAACAAGCUCGGGCUCUUCUGUCUCUUCCGCUAGCUCUUACAACACUCAAAUUUUUGAGCCUGUCGAUAUGCUGAACCUGACUUCUUUCCCAUCAAAGCCGUCCGUCGAUGAUGGGAGUAUCCAAAGAAGAGGCACAGUAGCGAGUCCAACAAGCUCGUGUGUUUCUCCGCUCCUGACGAGCGUUAACUCAACCGAAAAGAGCAACUACAACAUGUCUAACAUGGACUACCAGAUCGACUCAGCAUCUACUAUACCACCAUACCCAUCUGUAUUCGAUCCACACUACAUCAAUAUCAAGCAUGAAGAUGAAGACGACGUCCCAUUGCCAUCUCAGGCGGUAAAUGGCGCAUCCUCGCCAUCUUCUUUUGCAUCCUGCACUGGCUCGGCAUCGAUCCAAGCUCCAGCUGCUGCCUCCUCGUCGUCCUUAUCCACACUUCACGAGGAAACCGGUUCUGCUCUGAAAAACACCUUGUCCUCUUCCGGUUCGAAGAAGCCAAAGGAGGUGAAGUCAGGAGGCCGAAUCAAGAAGCCAAUGACCAUGGUCCAGCGUAAAGCACACAACAAGAUCGAAAGGAAAUACCGGAUCAACAUCAACUCAAAAAUCGCCAAUCUACAGAAACUUGUUCCUUGGAUGUCUGACGAUGGUGUUGCAUUUGAAAUCGACAGCAAGAGUGGCAAGAAGGUUCCAAUUCACACGGAAGCCGGUGACGAGUUCCAAAUGCCAUCGUCUCCAUCCUCAAACAAAAAGUUGAACAAGUCGAUGAUUCUAGACAUGGUGACAGAGUAUGUGCUGUUGCUGAAAGAUGAAUGCAGGAAGAAGGAUGCCGAAAUUUCCGACUUGAAGGCAAUGCUGUACGAGUCGUCGGCCUCUUUCUCCUAA